UGUGCUCGGUACCGAAUGCAAUCUCAUUUUACCGCCCACUGAGACUUAUCACCGGUGGGGAUUGUUCCACGGGAAAGAACGGUAAAACUUUUAAUUAGACGUAAAACGUCCGGUGUCCACCGACGCGCGUAAAGAAUCCCAAGCAGUGGGCGCCUGAAGCAGUUUUAUGUUAUUGGACUCCAAUAUGAAUUCUGCCCGUGCCAGGUCAAACAUAGCUGGCCCUCAUAAAGGCAGCAAACCGCUUCAGGUAUGCGGCGGCACACUGUUGGCACUGGUCUGCAUCACGCUUCACGGCUGCAUCGGUACCACCGCAACGGCCCAGCAUCAGGCGCAUCCUGUCGCUGCAACAAUUUACAGCCGAGCGGGGGCGCCACUCGAAAUCGAUUCGAAACCGAAAUUGCUAGGCUUCAAUCGGGCGCUCGGUGAGCGGCUGCAGGCAACCGAAGCCACCCUUCGGCCCCUGAAGGCUCGGGCUGCUCGGCUGGAGCACCGUUUCCACGUCUUCCAGCAGCAGCGGGCAGGUCGACUGGAUCCUCCCAAUCGCAAGGAUACGACGACGGCGCGGCGAGCCGAACGGAACGGGCUGCUCCGGGAAGCUCAACAACUCCGGGCGGACGUCGAGCGCAAGUGGCAACGGUUCGGUGAGCUGGAGCGCAACUAUCGGAGCAUGCGGCGACUGCUUCCGAGUGGCCGCAGGGCGGCGACCGGGGUGCCACGCGCUUGGCUUGAUCACGACGCCGAACGGCAGAUGGCGCUCAACGAGCGGGUGUACAAAAACAUCAUCAACCUGCUGGUGCAGCUGAUCGAGUGCCCUGUGAACAUCAUCCACGACAUGGUCGGCGGUGGCGCCGGAGAACCGACGCCACUUCCGCCGGCCACAUCCACGGUGGCGUUCCCGGACGGAGACGGAGCCGAUGGGCCGGCGGUGGACGACGAGUACACCGAGACGGACGGGUUGUACGGAGACGAACAACCGCCGAAUCCCGACGCCGAACUUCAGGAGGCACGAGAGAACGGGGGCCUCUCGGAUCGGUUCCCUUCGAGCGAUGGGUGGUUGCAUGAAUUUCAUUUCUAGUGCACACCGCCCGGCCAUGGAAGAAAAAUGGCGCCCGGCUGCACAUCGUCUCCGUUGGAAGAAAGGAGGUCAUCAGAGCUGCCCGCCAACCCGCUCCGGUACGAUGCUCUGCGAUAUUGUUUUCCACCGGCGAAGGAGCCGUCGGUCCGUCGGUCCUGGGUCCCAGUAAGGACCAUUUGCUAUUCGUAUAUAUUUUUUUCGCUUCGUUUGCAUGUUGAUUUUGUUUACUGCAUGGUGAAGGGAUGCCUUAGGAAGGGUGGUCGACAAUCUCAUUUUGAAGUAAAAUUUAUUGCUUGUUUCCACCAGCACAGUGCAGGAAGUUUAGGUUCAGGAAACAGACAACUUUACAAAAAUGCUUUG